AUGAAAAUGGCUCCCCAGAAUGCUGACUCGGAAUCUAUGCAAGUUCAAGAUCUACCUGUGGCACAGCUUCAGAAACCAGAAAACAAGGAGAAUGAAAGUAGGGAGGAGACCAUUAGUGAAGGAUCCAUAGACCGGAUACCUAUACGCCUGUGGGUGAUGCAUGGUGCAGUAAUGUUUGGCAGGGAAUUUUGUUAUGCCAUGGAGACAGCUUUGGUAACACCUGUAUUGUUACAAAUAGGUCUUCCUGAACAAUACUACAGCCUCACUUGGUUCCUUAGCCCCAUCCUGGGCUUGAUCUUCACUCCACUUAUAGGUUCAGCUAGUGACCGCUGCACACUGAGCUGGGGCCGCCGGCGGCCUUUUAUUCUUGCUCUCUGCAUUGGUGUCCUGUUUGGAGUUGCACUUUUCCUUAAUGGUUCUGUUAUAGGUCUGGCUAUUGGUGAUGUCCCGGACAAGCAGCCCAUUGGUAUAGUUCUCACAGUGCUUGGUGUAGUGGUGUUGGACUUCUGUGCUGAUGCAACAGAAGGGCCAAUUCGGGCCUACUUGUUGGAUGUGGUGGACAGUGAAGAGCAAGACAUGGCCCUUAACAUCCAUGCAUUUUCAGCUGGUCUUGGAGGAGCAAUCGGUUACAUGUUAGGAGGGCUGGACUGGACACAGACCUUCUUGGGUGGUAUUUUUAAAUCUCAAGAGCAAGUCCUUUUCUUCUUUGCAGCCAUUAUUUUCUCUGUCUCCGUUGCUCUCCACCUUUUUAGCAUUGAAGAAGAGCAAUAUAACCCUCAGCAGGACAGGACUGAUGACGAAGGGGACACACUUUCUAGUGAAGAGCCCUAUGGAGCCACUAUGUUCCACGACGAUGUUCAGUCAGAGCAUGAUCUCAAUAUGGAGUUUCUUGAGGUGAACAUUGUAAGAAGUAAGAGUGACUCAGUUCUGCAUAUGCCUGAUGCCACAUUGGAAAUUGAAUCGGAGCUGCUUUUUCUGCAUGACAUUGAACCCUCCAUUUUUCAGGAUGCUUCAUAUCCAAAUACUCCCCACAACACAAGCCAAGAGAUCAUGAAGUCCAAACUCAACCACCUGUCUGCUUUCCUCAGGGACAAUGAGAAGGAGGAGGAAAUGUUGCUUGAUAAUCACUUAAAUGAAGACAAAGUCCCAAACCUGAAUGGCUCCCUGCCAAAAGAGUUCCUCAAUGGACACGCCAGAAUAGGCAUGAAACAGUCCAGUACUUCAAACUCCAUGCGAAGGCGGAGGCACAUGUUCUACCGUCAGCCCUCCUACACCUUCUCCUACUAUGGCAAGAUAGGCUCUCACCGCUACCGCUUUCGUCGGGCCAAUGCUAUCGUCUUGAUCAAGUCCUCACGCAGCAUGAAUGACAUCUAUGACAUGCAGAAGCGGCAGCGGCAGAGGUACAGACAGAGGAACCAGAGUGGCACGACAAAUUCAAGUGGAGACACCGAGAGCGAAGAGGGGGAAACUGAAACCACCGUCAGACUCUUGUGGUUGUCAAUGCUAAAGAUGCCAAAGGAGCUGCUGAGGCUGUGUGUCUGUCACCUUCUAACUUGGUUCUCCAUCAUUGCUGAAGCUGUGUUCUAUACAGAUUUCAUGGGACAGGUCAUCUUUCAGGGUGAUCCAAAGGCCCCUUCUAACUCAACUGAGUUACACGCCUAUAAUGCUGGAGUUCAGAUGGGAUGCUGGGGACUGGUUAUUUAUGCUGCUACUGCUGCUGUUUGUUCAGCCUUGUUGCAGAAGUAUUUGGACAACUACGACCUUAGUAUCAAAGUGAUCUACAUCCUGGGCACACUGGGUUUCUCUCUUGGCACCGCAGUGAUGGCUAUGUUCCCCAACGUGUAUGUCACCAUGAUAAUGAUCAGCACUAUGGGAAUAGUUUCUAUGAGUAUCUCCUACUGCCCUUACGCACUUUUGGGACAAUACCAUGAUAUUAAAGAGUACAUUCACCAUAGCCCCGGGAACUCAAAGCGAGGAUUUGGCAUAGACUGCGCUAUUCUGUCCUGUCAGGUUUACAUCUCCCAGAUCCUCGUGGCCUCUGCGCUUGGUGGUGUGGUGGAUGCGGUUGGCACGGUCAGAGUCAUUCCCAUGGUGGCUUCAGUGGGAUCUUUCCUGGGUUUUUUGACAGCUACUUUCUUGGUGAUUUACCCCGAGGUCAAUGAAGAGCCAAAGGAAGAACAGAAAGGACUAGGCCCUCCGGAGACAGCUGAGGGCAAUGGCACAAGCACAGAGAAGCCAACUGUGCUGAAGCUGACACGCAAGGGAGCUGCCAUGUCGGAGCUGGAGAGUGAGUCAGCUGUUUGAGGACAUCGCUUGCUGAUCACCCACAUUCC